AUGGACGGGAAUAACUUCUGUCUCCCUUGCUUCGAACGUGGCGUCUUAUGCCAGUCGCACCCGAAAGCCGGAUCGAAUGGCCCAACGCCGCCCCGUUCCGCGGCAGCAUCGACAACGGGCGAUAUCGAAACGACCAACAGCCCGGCAACGAGCCGUGAUAUCCGCCGCAGCCCUGAUCUGAGCUGUCGACAGUGUCAAAAUCGCAAGCUCAGGUGUGACCGAAAGCAGCCUUGCGGCGGGUGUGUUCGUGCAGGUGUACGUUGCCGAAGUGCCCCACCUCAGUUAUCCAAGAGAGAUCAUCUCAAAGUGCUACAAUCAAGAAUCGGUCAUGGGGGAAAGGGUUCUACCGAAGGGAGGAAAGGCCCAAGAAGAGACUACGAGUUUUCUUCAAGCUCAGACCCUGAUGAAUCCGGUGUUGGUAGUCCCCAGGGAACUUUGUCUGGUGUUACAGACUUCUUCGCGUCUCUCCCCGAUGUGGACUUGACCAACCAGGGUCGUUCAGAUAUCCCGAUUCAGACACCCGGACCAGUAGACUUCACUCCACUAUCUAUCAUUGCCGAGGACACCUUCCAAUAUGCGGGCGCAGAUCCGACUGCUAUGAUUGAGGGGCCUUCAGACUCGGCCUUUCGAGAAAUAGAGCCGUUGAUGAGGGCUGAUCUCCUGGAAGGCAUCUUGUCGCUGAACAUGAGAUACAGUAACCAACUCUACUUCGACCGAGUUCACUCAUUCACACCUUUCUUACACCAAUCCUCGUUCGUUCGGAAGUCGAAGGAAGUCGAGAAAGGGCCACCGCCAAACGACCGUUCUGCGUCAGACAGGAUGAAACUUUCACAUACAUGUUUACAUUAUGCAAUGUGGGCAAUGGCGUCUUCGCUUUCGCCACAGUUCCAACACUUAAGCGACAACAUGUAUCGCGAAGCACUCGAACGGCUCAGGAGUCUGGACUAUCUUGACAGUCCAGUGGAGAAAGAAGAGAGUCUAUUGAAACAGACACAGGCGUGGAUUCUCAUAUCAUUGUAUGAGCUGAUGCAAGUUGGGUUCCAUCGUGCAUGGGUGAGUACAGGGCGAGCAAUGCGCUUGGUACAACUCAUGCGCCUAGGUAGUAUAGAUGCAGGCUGCGACAAAGCCUCAAGAUUAGGUAAAGAUGCAGAACUAUUUGUCAAGAAUGAGGAGAAGAGAAGGACUUUCUGGAUGUCAUUGUGUUUGGACACUAUCAUUUGCUUGGUCCAUGAUCUGCCUCGGACGUUCUCUGAAUCUGAGAUCGAUACUCGGCUUCCCUGUUCUGAAGACGCAUUUCAAAGUCGAGCGCCAACUGUCUCUCCCUUUCUCUCAGAAGCAAUAGAGUUACAGACACCGGCAAAGCAAUCUCCGUUCAUGGAGUUUAUUCUCUCCAUCUCAUUUUCGGGAAAAAUACAAGCUCAUAGGAAUCGAUCAAAGGCUGGGCAUGAGUGUGGUAAUACGUCUGCUCAGUUUUGGGAGCGCCAAAUAUUUCUAGACUCAGUUGUCGCGCGUCAAAUCUCCCGUCUGCAGAGCCUCCCCGUAUCUCAUCGAACCGGUUCUGUAACAUUUCUUGCUAGGAUAAUCGCUCAUGUGGCUUCAUUGUCGUUGUUUGACGUAGCCGCAACAACACCCGAUACCACUGCAGAGUACGAUCAUCUCGUCGUCGGCUUUGAGGAACGAGCUCUAGCCGCAGCUAAAGAGAUCAUGCGCCUAUCAAAUAUUUUACUUUCCGACUUCAACCUUUGUCAGAUUCACCCAUUUACACCAGCGCCUCUUUAUUUAUGUCGGGAAGCCCUGGUCAGGUUUCAAUCACGUGGUAUGCCGUUGGAAGAUGACAUCAGGACUAUGGAUGAAGCGUUGGGAGAGUUCAAGACUGUAAAUGGACUUUGCCAAGGUAUCUCAAAGCUAGAACUGCCUCAAUCUGGAUAUGAGGAUGUCUUGGCGACGCCUGACUCCAUAAUGGACCUGUUAAUCGAGGAACAUGGUAUGGGAGGCUAA